AUGUGGCCACAGGUGAUGGGAGACGGCAACACCAGCUCCUUCGAAGGCUUCAUCCUGGUGGGCUUCUCUGACCGGCCCCGCCUAGAGCUGACCCUCUUCAUAGUGGUCCUCACCUUCUACCUGCUGACCCUUCUGGGCAACGCGACCAUCAUCCUGCUUUCGGCCUUGGACUCCCGGCUGCACACGCCCAUGUACUUCUUUCUGGCCAAUCUCUCAUUCCUGGACAUGUGCUUCACCACGGGCUCCGUCCCUCAGAUGCUCUACAACCUGUGGGGCCCCGACAAGACCAUCAGCUACGUGGGCUGUGCCAUCCAGCUCUACUUCGUGCUGGCCCUGGGCGGUGUGGAGUGUGUCCUGCUGGCUGUCAUGGCCUAUGACCGCUAUGCUGCUGUCUGCAAGCCCCUGCACUACGCCGUCAUCAUGUACCCACGUCUCUGCGGGCAGCUGGCUUCCGUGGCCUGGUUGAGUGGCUUCGGCAACUCCCUCAUCAUGGCACCCCAGACACUGAUGCUACCUCGCUGUGGGCACAGGCGUGUGGAGCACUUUCUCUGCGAGAUGCCAGCACUAAUUGGCAUGGCCUGUGUGGAUACAAUGGCCCUUGAGGCACUGGCCUUCGCCUUGGCCAUCUUCAUCAUCCUGGUGCCACUCUUCCUCAUCCUCAUCUCUUACAGUUACAUUGCACGAGCCGUGCUCAGGAUCAAAUCAGCCGCUGGGCGAAAGAAAGCCUUCAACACCUGCAGUUCCCACCUCAUCGUUGUCUCUCUCUUCUACGGAACAAUCAUAUACAUGUACCUCCAACCAGCAAAUACGUCUUCCCAGGACCAGGGCAAAUUCCUCACGCUUUUCUACACGAUCGUCACUCCCAGUGUUAACCCCCUGAUCUAUACACUGAGGAACAAAGACGUCAAAGAGGCCGUGAAGAAGGUGCUGGGGAAGGGCAGUGCAAAAGCAGAACCGUGA